AUGGCCAAGACGUUCUUGUUAGCAUCGGAAGUGAUGGAGAGAAUACCACCAGUGGGAACAUUCAGUUUGCAAAUGUCAUCAGCUCGGACCGUCGUGACCGUGAUUCCGGACAUCUCUGAUCCGUUGUUCGUGCCCCCCAGCAACUUUUCGCUUGGCAAUCCACCAGUUUACAAGUUCAUCAACACUACUGCCGUCUUCGACGGAGACGCUGCCCUAUGCCUGUCAUACUCUCAAUCUACUUUCCCCAUGGGCACAGAGCCUCGCCUUUUUCACUUCAUCAACGACGCGUGGGAGGAUGUGACAACGGAUGUGGAUUCAGAAUCUGAGCUGCAUCUUCCAUCAUAG